AUGCUGUCCGGGUGCAGGCGGGCGCUGCCGGCAGCCCUGCGCCUCGCGGUGCGGGGCUGGGCAGGGGCCGGCGGCGGCAGCGGCAAGAGGCGGCUCAGCACCAGCUGGUCCCCGGUGGGAGCCGCCUUCGAUGCCAAGCAGCAGCGCAGCCGGCUGACGGGCCAGAGCACGGGUCUAUUUGGUGUUCCAGAAUUGAGUUCUCCAGAAGGUUUUCAAGAAGCACAAGAAAAAGCAUUACAAGAAACAGAACAGCUAGUCCAGAAAGCAUGUACUACGCCUCCUGGGCCACAGAUAGUAAUGAUCUUUGAUCAGCUUUCAGAUGCACUGUGCAAAGUAGCAGACUUGGCUGACUUUGUGAAAAUUGCCCAUCCUGACUUUGCAUUCAGAGAGGCUGCUGAAGAAGCCUGCAGAAACAUUGGUACCAUGGUAGAAAAGUUAAAUACAAAUAUCGAGCUGUGCCAAAGUUUGAAACAGUUGCUGGCUAAUAAAGAGGUUAUGGAUUCCCUAGAUCCAGAAACCAGGCAAGUGGCAGAACUUUUUAUGUUCGAUUUCGAAAUCAGUGGUAUUCAUUUGGACGAUGAAAAGCGUAAAAAGGCAGUGGACCUCAACGUCAAAAUAUUGGAUUUAUGUAAUCAGUUUCUUAUUGGAGCUCAUCUGCCCAACAAGAUUGACAAGCAUAUUUUACCAGAACACAUUCGCUAUAACUUUGCAGUUGAAGGCAAUUACAUACAAAUCACUGGUCUGCAUGCAGACUGUUCUGAUGAUCUGGUACGAGAAGUUGCUUAUAAAAUUUUUCUUUACCCAAAUGCUGAGCAACUGCGCUGCUUAGAGGAACUGCUUACCAGCAGAAACCAUCUGGCACAGUUAGUUGGCUAUAACACCUUUGCCCACAGGGCUCUUCAGGGAACAAUGGCCAGAACUCCAGAGAAGGUAAUGCAAUUUCUUGAAACACUUUCUGAAAGAUUGUUUCAACGAACUCUAAAAGAUUUUGAAAUGAUGGAAGGGAUGAAGAUGAAACUAAAUCCCCAAAAUUCAAAAUUGAUGCCUUGGGAUCAUCCCUAUUACAGUGGUGUCCUGCGUGGUGAGAGGUAUAACAUUGAGCCCAGUUUGUACUGUCCAUUUUUCUCUCUUGGAGCAUGUAUGGAAGGUCUGAACUUCUUGUUCAACCAGCUCCUAGGAAUCUCUCUCUAUGCAGAGCAAACUGAGAAAGGAGAGCUCUGGUGUGAAGAUGUUCGCAAACUGGCAGUUGUCCAUGAAAAUGAGGGCUUGCUGGGGUACAUCUACUGUGACUUCUUCCAACGAGCUGACAAACCACAUCAGGUAACAACUAAUGAUGUCUUAAUAAGAUGUCUCCUCACGAUAGAGCUUGCUGUUAAAACUCUGCCAAUUAAUGGGAUGAGAGACUGGACCAGAUGUCCCACUGAUUUUGCUGAAGUUCCCUCUAUCCUGAUGGAGUAUUUUGCAAGUGACUAUCGAGUGGUUAAUCAGUUUGCAAGGCAUUUUCAGACUGGCCAGUCACUGCCAAAAAGCAUGGUGUCACGGCUCUGUGAAUCUAAAAAGAUUUGUGCUGCAGCUGAUAUGCAACUUCAGGUCUUUUAUGCUGUCUUGGACCAACUCUACCAUGGGGAACAUCCUCUAAAGAGGUCAACCACAGAAAUUUUAAAGGAAACCCAGGAGAAAUUUUAUGGAUUACCAUACGUACCAAACACUGCAUGGCAGCUGAGAUUCAGCCAUGUAGUGGGAUACGGUGCCAAGUACUACUCCUACCUCAUGUCCAGGGCCAUUGCCUCCAUGGUAUGGAAACAGUGUUUUGUGCAGAACCCAUUUGACAGGGCAAUGGGUGAGCGGUAUCGCAGAGAGAUGCUGGCACAUGGUGGUGGAAAAGAGCCCAUGCUCAUGGUUCAAGGUAUGCUUCAGAAGUCUCCUUCUGUUGAAGACUUUGUGGACGCCCUUGUUUCAGACUUGGAUCAGGACUUUGAAACAUUCUUCAUGGACUCAGAAUAACAUGGAACUGAACUGAUUGUUUUUUGUUUCACAGCUGUUCAUUGAGAAGCAGAAACAAAUAGCCACGGCAGUACUGUGUCCAUCAUUGUUAAGACUGGUCCUCUAUAAAAACAAAUUUAUUAUGUGUAGAAUCUUAAAAUAAAUAGUUUGUUUUAA